AUGUCCUCUCCAACAAAGGAACACCGCUUCACACUCUCCGACUACGAUUACCUCGUCGACGCCGUCUCCACUCAGCCCUCCUCCGGCGUCACGUCUCCCGGCGCAAUGUCCCCGACUAGCGCGACGAGUCCGACAACUCGCGGAUUCCGCCCGCUUCCCAACAUCCCGCGCGUCACAUCUCCCACGUCGACUGGCGCGCCCACACCGAUGGAAGGCAUCCUCGGCCCUGGGCCAGCGCCUAUUCCGGCGUCCCCUGAACAGCCGCCGAGCCGCGCCUCGUCAUCUUCCUCGUCGCCGCCCGGAAUGGGCCCCACCUACCCGCCUCGCAUCUAUCAGGCCCACUUUGGGGUUGGAGUGCUUCCACCGCCAGCGCACGGACCCACCUCGCCCCCGGUAAGCAGGCCACCAUUUGUCUCUGGCGGAUCCAACUCGUCUCUCAACUACGCGCGAGGCCCGACCUACCACCCGACCUAUGGCCCGAACUACCCGUCCAGCCAACCGUCAACAGACUACGCGCCCUCCCGCCAGCCGGGCUCAGGAGGCUUCGCUGGUCACCAGCUCAUGCACCAGCGGCAUCCCAUGGAAACACAGAUCCCUGACACCGAAACUGUGCUCUCGCCCCUCUCUGCAGACCGGAGACUGAGCAUGGUCUCGGAGCCUGGUGAAGAAAAGGACGGACAUGAAGAAAAGGCCGUCGCCCAACCUGUGCGUAACAGUUAUGUGCCACCCAAAGCCCCAAACAAGUGGAUAGACGGAUUCUGGCCCAAGAAUACUGCAAUCCGCGCCCUCAUCAUUAUCACGUUCCUCGAGGCAGUGAUCGACAUUGCGAUCCAGGCAAACUUGUUGUGGCGGUACGACCAGGAGAUCUCGGACGACUCGGGAGAUCCCAACGGUCGGCGCCUGCGCAUCUUCCUCGUCGUCUUCAUUCUUGCCCAUAUCACCCAGGUGACGCUCACCCUCUGGGCAGUAUUCUACCGCAACACGAUCCAAAUCGUCGGUCUCGCCAUCUUCAACUGCCUCCUCCUCAUAUACGCCGCCAUCCAAGUCGGCGAAAUCGCAGAGGUCCUCGGUACUCACACGGACGGCAACGCGCACACGGACCACAAGAUUUUCUCACUACCAACCAAGAUCCUUUCGGGUCUAGUUAUCGCAGUCAUCGCCAUCGCUCAAAUUGCGUACAUCUUCCUCGCCUGGUCCAUCUGGAAAGAGUUUGGUUGGCGCAUCUAUCGUUUCCUCGGCGCAGACCUCCAGAUCCGCAGGUACUACCGCCAGUACCAGAUAUUUGAGUGUAUCCUCUGCUUUACGUUCUUCUUCGUCCUUGGCUUUGGCGUGCAGUUCAUCUUCAUGGUCCUUCGCGGCGACCAACCGGAAAAGUACAUUACGAUCAUCAUGCUUCCGCUCUCGGUCGUGUGGCUCGUGUUCGGCGCCAUUGCGGGACGAUGGGAGCUGGCGUGGCUCAUGGGCAUCUUCAUCUUCGGCAUGCACGGCGCCGUCGCGUACUUCAUCUACAAGAUGGUACGCAUCUGGACCCAGUCAUCCCGGUUCGAGGGCGUCAAAAUGUCCCUCACCAUAUUCUCGGUGCUCGCGCUCGCCAUGAUCGUCCUGUGUAUCGUGUUCGCCAUCAUCGUCUGGCGCAACUUUGGCAAGGGCCUUAAGCGCGCCACGGGAUGGAGGCGAAAAGGACACGGCCACACUCCUAGCGACGAGAUGAACUUUGGCCAGACGGCCGACGGCAGCUACAGGCUCCAGCACCGCCUUACAAUCGAAUAG